GUCAUUCAAUAUGGCUGCGCCCUACAGGGAUCAACAGGUCUGAAGGUGUUCAUGAUGUCCAGGGAGCAGGUGAAUAUCAAUGAGCUCCUGCUCUCAUUGGACAGUUCAGAGCUGCAGGAGGCAGAGCAUGUCAGAGCAGCAGUCAACCAGCAGCUGAGCACAGAUAAAGGAGGUGCUGUCCUCUCCACCCUGGUGGAGUAUUACCUGGACUCGUCCUCCUCUCAGGCUGUGCUUCUUCUGUCCUCCAUCAGAGAGCCUCAUCACAAGCACCUGCUGGAGAAGCUCAAUGAGUCUCUGAACCGACCAGGGACAAGGCUGGCAGGUCUGACUCUGCUGGGUCACCUGAUCAGGAAACAGCCUCCCUGGGUUCAUCACAUCAGCCGCUCGACACUGCUGCCCUCCCUGCUGCGCUGCCUUAAGACUGACACUGAUGUCGUGGUCCUGAUCACUGGAGUCCUGGUCCUCAUCACUCUCUUACCCAUGAUCCCUCAGGCCGGGAAACAGCACAUCUAUGACUUCUUUGAUGUGUUUGGACGCCUUGCCUCCUGGAGCUACAAAAACCCGGGACAUGUCCCUGUGGUCCAUCUGGUCCACCUCCAUGCAGGUGUUUACUCUCUGUUUCACCGUCUGUAUGGGAUGUUCCCCUGUAACUUCAUCUCCUACCUGAGGCUGCACUACAGCAUGAAAGAGAACCUGGACACCUUUCAGGAGGUCGUAAAGCCGAUGUUGGAACAUGUAAGGGUUCACCCGGAGCUAGUCACAGGGACUCAGGACUAUGAACUGGACCCAUCAAGGUGGAGGUGUUAUGAAGUCCAUGACAUUGUGAUUGAGUGCUCUAGAGUGUCCCUGGAUCCUCUGGAGUCUUCCUGUGAAGAGGAUGUUUACCCCACCUUGAGAGACCCUCCCCCCUCCUCACCCAGACUUCAAACCCUCUCCUCCCCCCUCCCUCAGCUGAAUCUCACACCAGAGAUUGUCAGCAGCCAGGGAGGUUCAGGUGGUCGCCCAACUUUAGCUCCACUGAGUCUCAACAACUCCUAUGCACAGGCCGAUGAUGUCACAUGGAGCCCCUCCUCACAGUGCGGUUUGUCAACGCCCCCUCCUGAACCUGCUGCUACAGGCUCUGCACCCCCACUGAGCCGGACCCUUUCCCUCUCAGGCGUAAAAUGUGCCUUAUCAGCAUCUGCCCCUUUUACACCAAUGAAUGAAGAGAAACAAGAUGGCAUUCUGACUCUGACCCCUGACAACAACAACCAGUCGAAGCAGGCUGCUGAGCUAGAGAAGUCCUCCAUUCAGCCAAUCACAGAGAAGAAAGGAAAUGGGCACAGUGAUGUCAUAAACAACAACUGUGAAGAGGCCAGAUCAGAGUCACAGCAGCCUCCCCAGUCCUCCUCAUCCUCUCAGCCUGUUGUCCUCACCUCCACUCCAAGCUGUGAUGAGACCUCCCCAGGUUCAGCCCUCCCCAUGCCUUCCAGCUCCAUCUCCAUGUGGUUCAGCCCUCCUCGCCCCUCCACAGAGGAGGGACGAUCUGCCUUGUUUGGCUCUGGCCACAUGGACCAGAGCCCUGCCCCUUCAUAUGAAGCCCUGUUUGAGCUGGCUCUUCCACGAGCUGCCACACUUUUUAUUGAGAAGAAGACACAGGAGGUCCUAGAGAAAGCUGCAGGAGAGCAGGAGAAAAAGGAGGGAGGAGAGGGGGAGGAAAAGGAGGAGGAGCAGACGUCUGUGUCUCCUUUGGAAGUUCUGGACCAGCUGAUCAUCUACGGACAUGAUGCACACAACCACCUCAGAAGGUUGUCAGCAGUGAAUAGGUCCGUGGAUCGGAGUCAUUUUGGAGGUAAACAGCAGAGCAUGAAAACCAAAGGCCCCACCCAGGGUGAAGAGCUUCAGUCUCUGAAGAGUCAGCUAUUGCUUGUUCAUGGUCAGCUGCAGUAUGAACGCUUCAAACGUCAGCAGCACGCCAUGAGAAACCGCCGUCUGCUUCGGAGAGUCAUAAAUGCCACUGCAUUGGAGGAGCAAAGUGUUGCCAUGAAGGGUCAACUGAGUGUGCAGGAGGAGGAGAUUCGAUCUCUUAAGUCAAGUCUAGAGGAAGAACAGAGACGAUACACACAUCUGCAGCAGGACACUCACACACAAACCAACCAGCUGCACACACAUGUCCAACAACUGCUGCUGCAGCAUCAGGACAGCCAAAGAGAAAAUCAGAGACUGCAGAGUGAACUUCAGGAGUGUGAAAGCAGGUUGAAGGACGUGGAGGCGGAGCUUCAAAAAGCCAAUAAUAAGGCUUACAAUGCAGAACACCAACUGACCCAGCUGUCACUCAAGCUGUGCAGCAGUGAGCAACUGCAGCAGCAGAUCUUCCUUUUGAACCAGCAGCUUGUCCUUCUGAGGGAAGCAAACAGAGGUUUGACUGAACAGCUGGAUGGAGGAGAGACACACAGCUGGACUGAGUUGUCUAUGCUGCAGUGCAGUGUGGGUAAGGAGUACCAGUGUCUUAAAGACAGUGAUGUCCAGCACAGACAGAAGCUGGAAGCAGCCAAUCACAGGAUAGCUGAGCUGGAGAAUCAGUUGGCUAAGAAAGAUCAGCUGAUCCUGGAUCAGAAGAAGCUUCUGGAUGAAACAAAGGCCCAGAGCAGAGCGGAGCUGUCGGCUUGUCAGAGUCGAUGUAUUGCUCUCAGGAGAGUCACCCAGGCUCUGCAGACUGAGAUGCUUCAGCUGUACAGUCAGGUCCACCUGGACACACACAGCCGGCCUCAGGAUGUUGGCAGCAGGCCGAAUGGUGGCAGUGCCGCCUUAUCAGCUCCUCAGGGCAGCAACAAGCUCCGACCCUCCUCUUCCUCUGUUUGUAUAUUAAAUGGAGGUGUGGAGGCCCUCUCUACCUCACCACUGCACCUUCCGUCCUGUUCUUCCUCCCCCCUCUCUCUCUCCCCCAUAGAGUCCCCCCUUGCUGUAGGCUCCUUUCUGGAGCAGCGUGCACGGCAGCUGUUCAGACCGACCAGUCAAAGCCAGGAAGAGGAGGAGCAAUGUGAGGAUGAGCAGCAGCAGCAGCAGGAGGAGGAGGAGGAGGAGGAGGAGGAAGCAGCAGAGGAGAUGGAGGAUGCCCAGCCAGGGAGCCCUCCUCUAGGUAGUGCAGCAGACGAGGCCCACCUCCUCGCAGGCAGCCCUCAGACACAGCCCCCAAGCCAGGUGUCGGCUCCCAGCCACCCAGCCUCUGGACUUCCAGGGCCCCCCGCAGACUUGACACUUGCUGUCCGACAGCGGAGACAUGAACUGAGCAUCAUGGACUAUGACGAGACUCUGCCAGAGUACUGACAGAGGGAUGGAUUAAAGGGAGAGAUAAAAAGAGGGUGAUUGAGAUGAAGGUGGGGAGAGAGAGAUCAGCUGCUCCAUGUGUUAGCAGGCCACAGCUAACUAGCUAGCUAGUUUACAGUCGCCAAUCGGUAUCAGAUUUUUUUUUGUCACUCGAUUUGGAUCUUCAGUCAUAAUUACAAAAAAUCAUAAACCAUAUUGGAAAACAGCUUUGGCUGCCUUGCUAACAGUAUUUUUAUCCAGACACAUGGUAUGCUUCAUGCUUAAUGAAGAAGAAUAAAACAGAAACUUUUCUCUGGCAGAUCAGGAUAAAUUUAAGUUCAGUCCUCACUGCUAAUUAGCUAACAUUGUAUAGUAAGUCAGCUAAACUUUUUAGAACAGCUAAAUGAAGAAGAUUAACACUAAUGUUACAAAGCAUGUAAUGUUAAACAACAGUUUCUAAUUCUGCACUUAAUUACGCACAUUCAGAAUUUUGCUGCAAGUUAGCUAAUGUUGGUUUAAGGUUCGUUUCACAAAACAGAAAAAAACAUACUGUAUUAAUUGUUUAUUAGCUUGCAAAAAGGCUAAUAAUUGCAGUGCCAAUAAGAAUUAAAAAUGAUCUUUGAAUCAUUUUUGUUAAGUAUGUGUUUCAAACCAACACUUUGCUUAAUAUUAGCUUACAUUUAGAUUGAUUUUUGAGGAUAAUUAAAGAGACAACAUGUUAAAAUUUAAGAACAGCCAUAAAGUCACAUUACUAAAUCCAACAAAAUAAUUAACUAGUCAAGGUGAAUUUGUAUUAUUUCAACAAUGAGCCCUAAUCAGUACUCUAAAUGUACCUUUGCUUUAAGAAACAAACCAGCUUGAGGUUAAAUGAAAUUUAGUUUCAGGCUGGUUAACAGAUUAUAACCUGUGUAAAUGACAGCAUUUUUAAUAUCAUGUUUUGAUUAUACAUUAGUUGCUGUCCUCAAAGCCAAUGAGAUGACUGAAGGUCCUGAUUGAACACAUUGAAUAGUUGGCUUCAACUCUAGACCGACAACAAUUUUCUUUAAGAGAAAAAAAAGGAAUUAGAACAUACAAUUUUUAAUGUACUGGUAAGUAAGCUAACAGCAGCUGUGUUAAUCAUACAACAUUAGCUUUACUAAAAACUGCCUUACUGUUGCCAAUUUUUUUUAGCUUCUGCAGUUAUCCAUGUAGUUAAUACAGCAUGUGUUGCUACAUCAGCUCAUCAACACUAAAUGAUAACUGAGUUUUACAAAGCAUCUCAUGAAUCGAAUCAAUUAAUGAUUAACCCUGCAGUUUUGAUUAAUUUAUUGUAUCGUCCACAGUUGUGUGGCAGCUCAGGCUUUGCAACAAAAUCCAACACAUUAUCUUACAAAGCAUUAUGUCUAGGGGACACAGAGCAACUUGAUUAUCCCAUUGACUAUUUCUGUGAUUGGUUGUUGGGUUCCUCAGGGUUGUAUUGUUGGUCUUUUAUAUUUAAAAUAAAAGCUAAAAUGCCAAAUUAUUUAUCCAUCAACCGUCAGAUCUCUCUUCUUUGGACUGUCAGCAAUUUUUGGAUUAAUUUCAGCAUUAAUACCACACACAUACACAUUGUGUGUAUUUUUUUUAACAGAUUGUCAAAUUAUAUUACUCAUUCUGUGUCUAAAUUAGUGACCUAAACACUGUAUAUAAACCAGAAUCAGUCAAUUUCUGAUGGCAUAUUAAGCUUUCAGGUGAAUUAAAGUCUCAGUAUUCAGUAUUUGAUUAACGAAUGAUGUGCAUGUAAACAGACAAAAAUCUUCUUGGAUGUUAGGAAAAUAUCUCCUCAGGUUCAUAGCUCAGGAUCGAACAUUCGGGUGACAAAAUGGAAAUAAUUUCAAUUAGAGUCUAUUCACAUCUCUCCAUUUACUUUCUGUCACUGCACUAUGCAAAAACUGCCAUGCUUUUGAUGUGAUGAAGUCUUAACUCAAAAAUUCUCAAACUUUAACUUUAAGCCAAAACAUAUGGAGGAUAGCAUUCUGUCCAGGGUGUAAACUAGAGUUUACCGUGAUAGCACAGACCAUAACCAUCCUUCUGUUUUAUGGGACUGAAUCAAGCUGACUGAAUGAGUCUCUGAUGAUCUCUGGGUGAUUUGUUUUUCUUUCUUCAGUUUACAGUUGACCAGCUCAACCUGGCAACUUUCCUUGUCAGAGUUGCUCUGUAUUUCAGGAAACAUCUGGAUCAGUGCUUGUCUGUAGCAGUGUAUCACAAGCCUGAAGAGACAAAUGUAACACUGUGAACACUAGAAAUAAAACUUCUCUGAAUA